CUGUGUCAGACCCAGACCCGGGCACAGUCGUAGUCACAGUCGCGGUCGCUUUUUCUGCCGACGCCGAAGUCGACAUCCAUAGCCGAUGUGGUGCGAUCGUCUAUAUAAGAGCUGACUCUCAUUCAUUCGCCCAGAGUCUUUCGUCGUUAACGGAACAUUCGCCUGAAAAGCGGAAAAAUCGGAAAAUCUGAAAAUCGCUGAACGCCAAGUGCAAGUGCAUACUAUAUUGAGUUUCUCAGUCAAGAGUAUAGAAUAAUAAUCGCAGCCGAGUGUUGAACAAAAUCAUCUUCGAUGUCGAUUAAUUCGCCAAUAUUGUUAAAAAACUCUGACCUGCAUUGAACAGGCAAAAGCGACAAACCACUAAAAAUCAAUAAACAAACAUAAAAAAUAAUAAAAACAAAUUAAAGACAGAGCAAACAUAGCAAACAACAGGUUGUUUGCCUUUAGUUCGUGUUUCCCUUUAUUUUAUUUCAUUUCCUUCCGUUCAAUUUUCCGUUCCACGCACGCGCGUCGAGAAAAAUUAUUAUUUUGAAUAAAAAGUCCAGCAGUUGGAGAACAACUGUUGCAUCCUCUGAAGCGAAUCGGAAACCCCCACUUGGAAAGCCAGACCAGCCACAGCAAGUUGCAAGUUUGUGUGAAAAAAUAGAAGCGAACCUCAACCAGAUAUCUUAACCAGGAAAAACAACAAUUUUUGUUUAUUGGGCUUAGGCCAUUGUAUGGAUCAGUCUAAACAAACAACGAAAUUUGGAGACGAGCCGGACCUCCUGUUCAAGCGAGCGCAGGGCCGGAUUAGUCUGAUCAGUGCUGGAGUGGGAGCCACCGCUGCCCAAGCGCAAGCACCUUUGAACUCAAACGCCAACGCAACGCGCCAAGUCGCCAACAUUCAACUAGAAGCCACCCUCAAUGACUGCGAAAGUGGCUAUGUGCCCACCGUGGGCCGCUGGGGCGCCGAAUGGCCGAGUUGACUCGCCGCUGUCGCCAGUCAACAGGAUGGAGGAGCUGCUCCGCACGGAGAGCUCCCGGAGGAGGCCGUCGCUGCUGGCGGGACCGUUGCCGCUGGUGCGGCGCAAGAGCGGGACCAGCAGCUGGCGGAUGCUGUGCGCGGAAUGGGAUUGACUACGCGAUCCGCCGCCGCACCUGAACGAGCUGGAACUACAUCCGGAACGGGCGCCAUCCGGCGAACACCCUCCACCUCCUCCAGCGAGGAGGAUUACGAGGAUGAGGAGCUGGUGCAGCCGCAACCAACCGACCUGACAUCGGUGGAUGCUCCGGAGCGAUACUCCGACGUCAGGCAGCUGCUGGCCCGUCAGCCAGUUCAGCCGCUGGAGGGGAUCACUGGAUCCGGAUGGGUCGUGGGCGAUGGCUACGACCUAGAGGCCUUCAACCAGGUCAACGGAGUGUGGCCCUUGGGCCAUCCGCUGCCGCUGCCCGACUGGUCCAGUGGCGGGAAGAGCACCUUGGUCUUCGACAAUGUCUGGCAGUAUGAGGAGCUCAACGGAAUCGUGGAGACGACGCUCCAGAGGAUGUUGGAGGAGACCCACUACAACACGGUCAACCUCUUUGUGGACUUCUAUCGCAGCUUCAAGCGCACCCGUCGCUCCGAUCUCCGCAGCUUCUUCCAGUUCUACGACGUGCCCAUCAACCGACGCCACCACAUGUGCGUCUCCCUGGCCUUCGAGAUCAUGGCCAGGAUGGUGCAGCUGUUUCCCGUUCUGGCCAACUACCUGUAUGUGGUGUCCUGCGAGGAACAAGUGAUGGACUGCAACGACUACGUCCAGUUGGACGAGGAGUGUGGCCUGAACUCGGUGGAUGCUGGUGUGGAGAAGGAGCACGUGAUGGUGGCCAUGCGCAUUGCCAUCGGGGAGCGAAGGGGAGUGAUGAUCUUGGAUCCGGGCUACCAUGUCAGCCGAGCAGUGACUGUCAUGCAGGAUCAGAGUUACCCGCACACGGGUUGGUUCACCCAGUCCAAGGAGCCCCACUUGCAGCGGGACUACUGCUACGCGUACAGUCAGCAGAACAACAAGUUCGUGGAGUGGAAGGAGCGCGAGAUCCGCGGCGAGGACACCAGUUACAAAACUUCGCUCAUCUACGUGGCCCAGGAGUACAUUACGGCCAUUGAUGUGACUGUGCGCCGUAACCUGGUGUACAACUUCCGAUCCCUGCUCUCCCGAGAUGCCAAGGGCCAGGUCUACGCCGGUAUCUACUUCCCACUGGUGGCCAAUGUCCAGGAAUCCUAUCUGACCCUCUUCUACGACGGACCCAAUGAGCAGCGAGUGCGGACGAAGCUGAUGUUUAGCGCCUUCAAAGUGGGCAAAGGAAAGCUGCCGGACUACAUAGGACAACACUUGAGCCGCUUGGCUCCUCAGCUGAGGAUGCCCUUGCAGGAACUGACGGACCUGUGCAAGUCCCUGGCCGAGGUGGUCACCGACCAGAACUUCAUUGGUCAGGUGCUGGCCAUCAACAGCGACAUCGGCAACAUGUCCGUGGAGAAUUGACAGUUAAAGGAGCCUAAGGAUGUCGCUGCAACGUCCGGAGGGGACGAGACGAUCACUAAGCGGGAGUUAAAAGACACUGACAAUGCAGCUGCAACUUAGAGUUCCGAAUUUUUCUCAAUAUACUUUGUCCUUUCCACACUAAUAUUCUUUUAAUAGCACUUAGGCACCUAGUACACACGAAUCAAAUUAUUUCAAUUUAGUAAUAUAUACGUAUUAAUUAUAUAUGUAUCGUAUUCACACACCACUAACACCACACACCACUCUCUACACACAACACACUAUAAUGUAAUCCCCAAUUCAAUGAUUUAACCGAAACUGCAAUUUUAAUCAAGAAAAGCAAAAAAAAAGGCGCAAAGUAUAGACUUCGAUUAUCGCUUAGAUUGAGCUUCUGUUUUAUUUCAAAUAAUUAUAAUCUUAUGAAUAUAUGCGCAACUAUAUAAUGGCAAAAAUUAGUUAAUAACUGGUGUCAAGGCGAAAACAUAAAUUGUAAUUGUUGUAUGAACAGACUUUUGUUGUAACACUUACUUGCACUGUACGAUUUCGGUUCAAUAAAUAAAUCAGCUAGCAAAGA